GCAAGCCUGGUUCUCCGGGCUUUCUCCCUUCUCGACCAGACGAAGGAGAUAUGAAUUCCAUUCAGGCGGGUAAGGGCUUGGCUUGACCGUGUCUUUUCUCGGGUCGGAGGCGAAAACUGGAAAGUUCAUCAUUCAGUGGUGGGCUGUUCAUAGAAAAGAAGGCGUCGCCCAACGAGUGGCAGAUCUGGAUAGAGUCUCGCUCAUAGAUAGAGGAAGAGUACGCGCGCUACGGCUUAGGCAGUUGAUCGGAUCAGAUAGCCCUUCGGGCAACCAACCAAACCCGGCACAUCCAAUUCCAUUCCGAUCAACAACUUGGAGGUAUGGCUGAGUGGCUUAAGGCAUUGGUUUGCUAAAUCGACAUACAAUCUUCUUGUAUCAUGGGUUCGAAUCCCAUUUCCUCCGGCACGGAAAUGAAAGGGGCGGGCGAAAUUACGUGAGAGAAAGAACCUCUUGGUGGAGUUCAGUCCCCCGAAUAGCACUACUUAGUGACUAGGUGAUCGGCUCAGAUAGCCUUCUUUUUCUUUGACCGGCCUAUCUUCUUUCUAUAAGCAAGCUCCCUCCGGCCGUCCAGGGACUGGACGGCUCUCGGUUCUUGAGGGGAUUAGGCGGCAGUUGAAAGAGCUGCUCGAAAGCUUGACGAACAAGCGAAAAAGCCUAUAUAUUCUUAUUAGUCAAGGGCUUUUCCCUUACUAGUAAAGUGGUAAGGUAGCGCGCUAUUCGAUGAAGAAAACAUACUUUAGGAAAGUUGUUCAGGUAGCUCAGCUGGUUAGAGCAAAGGACUGAAAAUCCUUGUGUCAGUGGUUCGAAUCCACUUCUAAGCGGGCGAAGGGUCCAAAGGACACGUAGCCGGGAGCAAGCCGGAUUUUAAAAUUCAAGUGAAAGAGUCAGCCAAAAAAUGUGAGCGCUCCUGCACUAUACGGCUUUUUGGCGUCCCCCUAUCUUGUCUUGCUGGAGGCAGAUUUUCUAAAAAAAGCGGUUGAUUAUUCGGAUUGGUUCUCGCAUCCCUGUGCCCAAAAGGAUGGGCGAGUUCGGUUUGAGUCUUCAUCGAUCGGGUGGAUCUAUAUGCUUCGGGGGGUGAGACGAGGUGUAGCGCAGUCUGGUCAGCGCAUCUGUUUUGGGUACAGAGGGCCAUAGGUUCGAAUCCUGUCACCUUGAUGUGGGGCCCCUCAAACGUAAGUAACUCAGUGCAUGUGCCUUUCUCAACAGAAAAUGCAAUUACGAACGAUCUCGCGAAUUCUGUCACGAAUGAAUGUAGUACCCGCGAUGAACACUCUCCCGGAUCGGAUUCUUAACUAUCUGAUAACUCAUAUGAGUGAGUACAUUUUUGUGCUACCUCCGUUUCUCUUUAUUAUUGCUAUAUGGAGGGUGGCCCGCCUAAGGGGCGUUACCUUGGAUAAUUAUAAGGAAAAGGUAGACGAAAGUCUAGCCGAAACCUUGAAGGAACAGAUUGGAGAUCGCUUCUUACGACCACUCCUUGAACAACAGGGGGUUCGACUCCCCCGUGGGACACAACCCAUGGAUUUGUUAGAUAGAUUGGUGCAAGCUGACCCAAACAAUCUGAACGUAUUAACAACAAUUUACCAAAGAGAGGACUAUGUUAAGCCGGAAUGGUGGGGAAGGAGGCCCGUGGAUCAUUGCGGACCAUUAUUUUACUAUACGGAAAUGGUCUACAAAUUUCAGACCAUCAGUGGAGAUUUUCUCCAAAACAAUGGUUUGGGUUCGUUUCCCUGAGCUACCAAUCGAGUACUAUGAUAGGGAAUUCUUAUUCAUGUUAGGAGCGACCAUCGGUAACCCAGGGAGAGUAGACGCCACAAGGGAAAAUGCGAUGAGAGGUAAAUUCGCAAGACUUUGUGUGGAGGUCGAUUUCAACAAACUGCUUAUCUCACGAGUAAAAAUCGGCCGUUUCCAUCAGAGAGUGGAGUAUUUUUGUCUACACACCAUCUGCUUUUCUUGUGGUAGAGUGGGCCACAAAGUUGAGCAAUGUAUUGGAUCGUCAUCAGAGAGCAAGGAGGAGAGGGAAAACAACUUGUCCCCGCUGAUGAGUAAGUCCUCUCACCCAGAUGAAGGUGCUUAUGGCCCUUGGAUUCAAGCCCAAAGGAGAGGUAAAAGAAAGCGGAGCACUACAAGCAAACCAAAAAGAGGAGCUACGCCGGCAAAUAGGGCCCCGGCAUCGGUGCCAGAGAAGGGGGUUCACGUUUCUCAAUCCUUACCGAGGGAAAACCGGAUAACGGCUCCAAACAAGAUGUCGUGACGUCAUCACAGGUGGGGCCCCCCCUGCGCCUAGCUGUAGAAUGGAUUCAAUCAGCGAUUUCCCUUUGCCUUGUUUUUUCCUUGUUCGGCUAAUUAGCAUUAUACAGCUACUCCGCUAAAGAAAGCCUUUUAGCGAACGUUUUGGCAUCGCCCCCAUUACCGGGUCUCGGAAAGGCAGCUUAACAGCCUCUAUUUGAACACGCCCCCGUACUGCCUUAAUAGACUGACUUAGCUCCUUCUCCCCUGGGCAAUGGACAAUUGGAUCUGGUUUGACUUUAAGUAAAGUGUGUCAGAGGCCAAUGUCGGUACAUUUAAUCUUAAGUUUGAAACCUCAGAUAAGGAAUCCCCCGCUGAGGGUUGCCAACACGUCUCGUAGCAUGGCUAUAGACUCAGUUAUCACUCAACCAUGGAUCACGUACCCCCCAUCAUCAACAUUCUCGACAUCGGACCCGGUCAAUCGACAUUAGGUUAGGAACAUUGGACCCGGAACUUCCUUUAACGAUUUCUAUAGCGGAAGGGGAGUUAUUCAAGCUUCUCAUCGGGUAAAGACCGCGCCCCUAUAUUGAAUCUUCAAUCCCAAAGGGAAGGGAAAGCACUGUCCUUAACUGGACGGGGGAUUGGGAAGGGAACUCAGGGCGGACAGAGAGAUCCAGUGGAAAGGGCUGUCAGUCUAGGUACAAAGAAGACAAGCGGAAGUAUUCUAUUUGCUGGCCCUUCUAGAUCUUUUAUUAAGCCUAAUAUGCUCCUUUGACGGAAGCGGUCCAUCUUAUCUAAGCUCUACCAGACAUCGAAUGACUCUCCGAAUCGGCAGGAAAUUGUUCUCUCUUGUAGCAAGCGGUUUCAUCGAUUGGAUCAGUGUGAGCAGACAUGGAUCCCCUUUCAAUUUAAAGAGAACUAAUCGAGUUCAGGUAGAAUUGGCUCUUCGAAAGACACAUCUAAAGAAGAAAGUCUUGUCUCACCUUCCACGUGCAAAUCUACUCUCUUUUCGCUUCACAACAAUCUCCUGAAACGCAUAAGGCAAUCUAAACUCUUCUCUCGACCCUUCUUUCUUGAUAAGCCCAGGGCGUCUAUAGGGGGCAGGGAAGAAAGUGGAAUUGGGCCUAGAAACCAAGUAAAUCCGUGCCAUCUCGAGCGGUCAACUCAUUUUGGCAUCUCUUUCUUUAGCCUUACGCGAGGAAAGAGAUAUCCUUCGGCACAUGGGCGAGCAGCUAGAAUUAAAAUCCCGUGUCUGCCUUCUUGGCUGAGCGAAAAGGAAACUAGUCAAGAGCAGGCUUUCGAAGGCACUUCCUUCUUCCAAGAGAUGUCACGCAAAAUGACUUGAAGGUGGCUAGACCGCAACUCGUGAAUAGAAAGAAUAUUAAGAAGGCCAAAAUCCAUUCCAGCUCUCCUCGUCUAGAACAUCAAUAGCCCCGAAAUCAACCUAAAAAAGUCCUACUCUUGCUUGAAACCUUCGGGCGGGAGAGCCUAUUACCAAAAAAAGAAAAGAAGAAGAGUCGCCACUAGUCUAUUUUCCAAUUGGUAAUGAAAACGGCUGCGGAUGACGAAGAAAAGAGAAGGAUAAGAAUCCGGACACUUUCUAAGAUUACAUAGGGAGAACUAGCCUAAAAUAAGAGAGCUCACUCUUUAACAUUACAUAUGAUAUUUUGAAGUGUGGGAAUGCGAGCCAAACUGAGAUGCCUCUUCUCACCCUCACAUGAGAGAAUGCAAAUAGGGAUUCAGUACUUUCUUCCUAUCCGGCUACAGGAAAAUAAGAGAGCUCAAUCAGAAGACUGAACUUCCCUGGCCUAUAAAGUAGUCGAAGGAUUUCUGAGAGAGAAGGAAGGACACGGAGUCACAAAGUCUUUCUUGAACUCUCGUUGUCAAGCUCCUCCUUCAUUCUCGACCAGCCACCUAUGGAAAGCGAAUGCGAGUCUUGGCUCAUCUGCAGAAUGGAAUCCCGCAAUGAAACCCAUCCCGGAAG